AUGGAGGGCGAGCUGCCGCCGCUCGCGCGACCGUUGCUGACGAAUCGGGACGAGACGACGGUAGGCUUCGCGGAUGACUGGACGCCAUCGCACGUCAAGGUGGCGCUGAAUCUCACCCUCAACGCCGAGUUCGUUCCCGCCUCGGCGAACGUACGGGAUCUCAGCUCGCUGCCCGGGGCGCCCAGUGGAUGCCGAGCGGCCGUGGCGCGCGUCGUCGCGCUCGACGGCCUGAUUGACAAAACGGCGCUGGGCUGGAUCAGAGAGCACUUAGGCGUGGAUAUCGAGGACGAACGUCGUCACGGCGGUGCCAAGCCGAGGGAAUCCCUGUGGGAGCGCAAAACCGCCGACGACGACCUCGCGGAGCCAACCUACGGUCUGAGGAAAGAGUCGAUGGAUCGGCUGGUCCGGACGAUGAUGCAUCGCGAAGGCGUCGAGCCGACGACGCGCUUGGACGAGUUUCACGCGCGGCUGCAAGCUCUGUACCCCGACUGGAUCGUGUGCCACAUGCCCGCCGACGCGCUCAGGGCGGACGAAGAGGCGUCUGAGAAACCCGACGAUUCACUCGACGCCUCCGCCGGGGGGAGUGCGGGGUUUCGAUGCGACGCGUUCGUGGCCAACGCGGCGGUCCACGGCGACGAGUACAGGUGGCACGUGGACGCCGACCCGAGCUCGUUUCCGGACUCGUGCGCGUGGACGCGGACGUACGGCGACUACGUCAACGGCGAACCCGGCAAGCCCCUCUUCGUCAGCGCCGUCGUGUACGCCAACUCGGUUUGGGACGAGGACGCCUGGGGCGGGGAGACGCACUUCAUGGACGUCGGCUCGGGGGUGGGCGCGUUAGUUUGUCCGCGGCCGGGGCGGGUGGUGUUGAUGGACCAGGACGUGACGCACAGGGUCUCGCCCCCGACGCGCGCCGCGAACGGUAGAGCCCGGUAUUCCCUCGUGUACAAACUCGUGUUCUUCCCUCGCGCUAAGGGGGGAGCCGCCGGGCCGGACGCUUCGUUGUGGGAGCGGGGCAUCGCGAGGGCCGAGUGGGGGCCGCCGUCGCCGAUCGGGUCCGCGGCGAAGCUCGCGGCGAUCGUCAACGCCGCGGCGCGCGCGCGACGUACUGAAACCGGAGCGGUCAAGCGCGACAGGGAGGAGGAGUAG